CACGAGUGCAUCCUAAGAUGAACAAUGGGUGAUGUGUGUGCAACAAAACAGCAUUGCCCAAUAUUUUUGCAGUGCAGGCGUACGAUACGUUGUGGGCAUUGGCCAUGGCAGUGGAGAAAGUGAAUCGUUCCACGAUCCCUGGAAGUGCCACUAAGUCAGAGCUGCGAGAUGCAAUUGUGAAGACAAAAUUUGAAGGCAUCAGUGGAGAUUUCUUUUUGGUUGAUGGAGAGUUAAAACGACCAACUUUCGAAGUGUUCAAUGUGGUGGCUGAGAAGGAGACGAUCAUUGGGAAUUGGAUUGAAGGAGUUUUAUUCUCAAUCAAAUCAAUUUCAAGACCAAUUUGGCCCGGACACACAACCGACCCACCUUGGAUUAAUUUAACUAUAGGAAUUCCAGUCAAUGGUUUCCCGGAGUUCGUAAACGCCAACAUAAUCCACCCCCAAAAGUCCACUGGAUUUUGCAUCGAUGUCUUCAAAUCUGUUGUUGAAGUAUUAGAUAUUCCCAUUCGUUACACGUUCGUUCCUUUUGUGGACAAAAAUGGGAAGAGUAAUGGAUCCUACGAUGACCUUCUACGCCAGAUUGACAUGCAGAAAUUCGAUGUAAUUGUUGGAGAUAUAACAAUAGUUGCAAAUCGAUCGGAGUUGGUGGACUUCACCUUGCCUUAUUCAGAAUCCAGGAUAUCAGUGUUGUUUCCUGAGAGAAAUGAAAAGAAAGAUCAGAGCAUGUGGAUAUUCUUGAAGCCAUUAAAAUGGAAUCUUUGGUUUGUUUCCAUCAUCUCUUUCAUAUUUACAGGCUUUGUUGUUUGGUUAAUGGAAUGUCGUGUCAACACUGACUUUGGAGCAGGUCCGCCCCAACAACAAAUUGGCCUCAUCUUUUGGUUUUCCUUCUCCACUCUCGUCUUUGCUCACAGGGAGAGGAUAUUGAACAACUUAUCCAGAUUUUUGCUGAUCAUAUGGGUUUUCGUGGUGUUAAUCCUCACACAAAGUUACACUGCAAACUUAUCCUCCAUGUUGACUGCGCGAAGGCUACAGCCUAUCUUUCCUCGUCAAAAUGAGAUGAGAAAGAAUGAAGUAUUUGUGGGUUAUCAGAAAGAUUCUUUUGUCAGAUCUUUUCUAAUAACCCAGUUACAUUUUGCAGAAACCCAAUUGAGAGCGUACGGAAACCCCGACGACUUUAAGGAAGCCUUGAAUAGAGGAAUCAGUAACGGUGGAGUUGCUGCAAUUUUUGAUGAAAUUCCUUACAUUAAGGUCUUCCUUCGGAGAAAUCCUUCUGGGUUUCGAAUGGUCGGACCCACUUACCCAACUGGUGGAUUGGGUUUCGCCUUCCCAAAAGGAUCUCCCUUGGUGACUUACUUUUCAAGGGCAAUAUUAAAUGUAACUGAAGAUAAAGUCCACAUGAAUGGAAUUGAGAACAAAUACUUAUUGAAUGAAAAUGCUCCACCAAUCCCAGAUUCAACCGAUUCACCUCUCGAUGUUCGGAGAUUUGGUGGUUUAUUCAUUAUUACCAUAGUUGCCAACUCGUUAUCCCUUUUAAUAUAUUUGAUCCAGUUCUUUCUCACACAUGAGCUCGAUUCCACCGGCUAUGUCGAGUCUACAUUCGCCUCCAGACUGGUUGAAAUGGUUAAGCUUUUUUACAGAAUGCAUUUCCAUUCUUCAUCUCUGCAAACAGCUCAGUCUAGAGUACGUUCAGUUCCUGCUACUCCACCGCUCAUUACACACGACCAUGUCAAUUUAACCCACAAUUUGGUCGAUGCCCAAUCUUCAUCAUCUCUGCAGCAACCAACUCAUUCUAGAGUUCAUUCUGUUUCUGAGAUAGCAGAAGCUACUACACCCGACCAUGACAAUCCCACCGAAGACCCACACAAUUUGGGCGUAAAAAAUGAACACUAAACUGAGAAUAAUGCCCAAUCCAUGAAUAUUUAUUGUAAAAUGCAUUAACUCUAUGCUUUGAUGAUUCAGGUAAUCUGUUGGAAAUCUUGGCUACUGUUUAUAAAUAUUUAUUGUAAAAUACAUUCACCUUCGAUAAAAAAAAAAUAAAAAAAAUUAUGGUUAUUGUUUAUA